UGCUAGUGUACAGUCGUCGAAAAAAUUCCGGAUUUUGUUGUUGUGUUCUGCAGGUACGCGGCAAAAAAGAAAUUCUUGCUAACACGAAGUAAACAAUUGGCCAAAAGCCCAUUUCUUCGGUAACAAAACACACGCAAGAAUGGUCAAAUUAGGCAAGAAGAAGGUCGUGGUGGAGCUGGGUCGGAAGAAGUCGGACAGCGAGAGUCGGCGCAAAAACGGAGCCGCCCCCGACCGCGACAGCGAGGAAAAGAAUGCCGUCUCAGAGGAGCAAUCUGAGCGGGGCUCUAAUGGAGAAGUAGCCACAUCCCGGGCCUCCAACUCCUCAUCGGACACGAAGAAGGCCACCAAACGCAAGGCCGGAUCGAUUGACAGCGACGACCUACCGCUGAACGGCAGCAGCGGCGCCGCUGGAACCAAAAAGUCCCGCAAGUCCGGCAAAACCAAGGCUGGGGCCGCCGCCAAGAAUGGCAAGAAAGCGGCAUCCAAGCGCCCAGCGGAUGAUGAGGCCAACAGCAACGAUGAAGCCGGUUCAGAGGAAGAGGAGGAGUAUGAGGUGGAGGCAAUUGUCGGUCACAAGACUUUGCGCGGCGCCUCAUACUUUCUGGUGCGCUGGAAGGGUUACAACAAGGACUUUGACACUUGGGAGCUCGAGGAUGGUUUAAACUGCGACGAUUUGAUUGCUCAGUUCCGCAACAAGCAAUCGAAAGCAACCGAUACCGGAGCCAAAGGCAGAGGAAGGCCGCCGAAAGUCGUUAAGCAAGCUGGCACCGGUAAACGCGGAAGACCUGUCGGUGGUGGUGGUGGUGGCAAGAAAACUGCUACGUCGGCAGAUCCCGAAAAGGAAUGGGUGGUUGAACGCAUUGUUGAUUGUGUCGAGGACGACGAUGGCAGCAAUCUUUACCGGAUACGGUGGAAGGGAUUCGGGGCCAAAGACGACACAUGGGAGCCGGAGUCAAAUCUCUUCUGCGAGGGUCUGAUUGAGAAGUACAAGCGGGCACUAAUUACGCAAAAGAACGUGGAUACCAAGGAGUUGCGCGAGUCACCGAAGAAGACCAAGAGGCUGGUUAAUGAGUGCUAUCCCAGGACGAACAUACAUAAUCGGAUCGAGCGCUCCUCCAAGCGCUCCGCCGCCAAAAACAGGGUGUUUUAUGGCGAGGAGUGAGUGAAGGCUGCGGCCAAGGCAGUCAUCUCAUCGGCUGUCCCGCCACCUCGAAGUGGUCGUCGUCGGCGAAGGCCGCUUGCCUAAAUUCUGAACAUAUUUGUUUUGUUUUUGGGUUUUUUUUCGUUAAUUUCAACGUUUCAGCUGGAGGAAGCAAAUACAAAAAAAAAAAAAAAAAAAAAAAAAAAAAAACACAUUUAGGAUCGAACAAGUGCGCCGCAUCACAAAUCCCAACAAUCCCAGCAAGGAACACUGAAGAAUACAGAAGAUUUAUCUAGCAUCUAAGUGAGGUCAGGCACCACGGUAUAUUCGUAGUAUUAUAUCUGGUUGUGCUGCACCCAGCCAGCGUAAAGUGUAAGAAAAUUAAACUUAGAUCUAAGUAAGCAGAAACCUCGAUUCGGUAACUAAAUACAUUUAGUUGAGUAAAGGAAUUUGUAACUACACAGCUGCAGAUAAAGCCUCUCACCAUUCUUCCCAAUUCUUCAAUCAAUAUUUAGACACUUGGGUGUAAAAAGAAUAAUAAUAAUAAUACUAGAAGAGUUGCAAAAGCAUCUCCAGUAUGGAAUAAAUAAUUAAAUAAAUGUAAAAGAUGUCACUGGAA